AUGUUUGUGAGUCCGUGUUCUCGCUUGGGAACGCGUCACGCCCAACGCGUACCGCAGUAAUUGAGGUCGCGUCGAGCAGGACGAGCACGCGUCGUCAAAGCCGGUUCACGCCGUAGCACGCGUACCUCACUGGUCCAACUGCAUCCUCGCUCUCGUCGAGGGUGUUUGGAUGGAGCAGACAACCAGAAAGAAUGUCAUGUCGAUGUACGCAGAGCGCUGAGCCGAGCGAUUCAUCGCAUCAAUGCCCUCGCACGCCCACAGGAAGCGCGUCUCGAACAAGCCGAAGUGCUCAAGAAGGUACGUUGCAGACUCUGGUCAGGGUACUUCACGAGGGUGUUGAACAGCGAGCUGAUGUGCUGCGUGUCGGCGUCAUCGUACAGGUCCUCGAUGGUCAGUCGCGUGCCCGUCCAGUCCUGGUGGCCCCAAGUCAUCCAAGGCACUUUUGACCACCCAUGCUUACGCUCGACUACACUCCUCUUCACCGCAGCCAUCAAGGAGUUGGUCACCGAUGCCAACUUUGACUGCUCGGACGAGGGUCUUGUAAGCUAACCCUUUCUUCACGAGAUGACUCCAAAGCAAAUCGUGGUGGCUGAACUCUUUCCCUUCGCGUCGGCCCUCGACGAUCUUGCGCUUCCCUUCCCUCACCUGCACAGAAACUGCAAGCCAUGGACAACUCCCACGUCGCGUUGGUCUCGCUCCAGCUCGACGCUACUGGGUUCCAGAGGUAUCGAUGCGAUCGCAACAUGUACGUUCCGGGCGAGCUUGAGGGGACGCGCAAGGCGACGCGUCGUGUGCCCGCCGACUGCGAUGGUUCAUCUGUGUGCUCAUGCGCGAUUUCGUCUCUUUUCCAGGUCCCUCGGUAUGAGUCUGCAGAGCUUGCAGAAGAUCAUCAAGUGCGCCAGCAACGACGACAUCGUCACCCUGCGCGCUGAUGAGAGCCAGGAUGUCCUCGGUCUCUUGUUCGAGAAUGGCAGUCAGUCUACUCUUCCUUGGACCGUCCCUACCAUGGGUCCAAUGUUGGUUAAAUGUAUUGAACUGACGUGUUCGCCUCUUGAUCGAAACCGCUUGGCCAUUUUCUUCCUUCCUUCGUCCGAUGUUCAAUUUUGCGCUCUCUCUUACCAGAGCACGACCGCAUGGGAGAAUACGAGAUGAAGCUAAUGGAUAUUGACCAAGAGCACCUUGGCAUUCCCGAGACCGUUUACGACGCCGAGAUCAGUCUCCCCUCGGCCGAGUUCGCGCGCAUCAUCCGCGACCUCAAGGAGUUGGGAGAGAGCGUCAAGAUCGAGGUCUCCAAGGACGGCGUGAGGUUCUCGUGCGAGGGUGAUAUUGGUACGGCGGCUGUUACGCUCAAGCAGAGUGAUGGGGCUAAGGAUGGGGAGAGGAUGGAGCAGGAUGACGAGGAGGAGGAGGAGGAGGAUGCUGAGGAGGAAGAGGAGGAGGUCGCUGAGGAGGAGCCCAAGGAGGAGGAGGAUGCGGUAGGUCAAGCUUCCCUUUUGUGGUGGGGCUCAGGAAGGUCUGACCGCUGAUUUGCUUCUUUGACCUCGCGUUGAACAGGUCGUCAUUGAUGACGAGGAUGAAGACGAGUCCGAUGUCAAGCCCAAGAAGAGCAAGAAGAAGGCCGUCAUCGUAGACGACGAGGACGAGGAAGCCGACGAGAAGCCCAAAGUCGAUGCCGACGAGGAAGACGAGGACGAAGAGGAGGUGGUCGCGAGUAAAAGCAGCAAGGGCAAGAAGGCGGCUGCGAACGGGAAGGACAAGUCCAAGAAGCGCAAGGCGCCGGAAGCGAAUGGCAAGAAGGGAAAGAAGGCCAAGGGCGAUGUUGAUGCUGCGGCCGCGCGCAAGGUCACCAUCAAUCUUUCACAGGUCAGUCGCGCAGGUACUGCGAGGUUUGCUUGUGGAUUAUGGCUUGCUCAUGCGCUUUUGAUGAAAUCUUCUUUCAUAGGCGGUCAACUUGACUUUCUCGAUCAAGUACUUGAGCAACUUUGCAAAGUCGACACCUCUGAGCGAAACCGUUCGCGUAAGUUUUUGGAUUAACUCAGCCGAAAGAAGUCUGGCAACCGGAAGCUGAUCCGAUUCGUCCGCACGUUCGAUAGCUGCACAUGUCGAACGAGGUGCCCUUGCUCGUCGAGUACCCGUUCGAGGGCGGACACAUCCGAUACUACCUUGCACCCAAGAUCGCCGUAAGCUGCCCCACAUCCGCCCCUGUAUCCAUCUCGACUGACACGUUCUAUUCCGCCCGAAUGAUAGGACGAGUAA